ACCUUUUCUGCAUUUUGCACUUGCAAGAUAAACUAGAAGAUACUCACAAUGCCACCAAUUAGUUUUAAACUACUUUUGAUUCACCAUUUUCUGUUUUAUUGAGAUCAGUGCUCGGCAUAUUGAUCAAAUACCAGAAUCUUCGGCUGCAAUAAAGAAAGAAGAAAAUAAUGUGCCACGUUCUUAUCCUUCAGAAAAGUUACAUAUAAUAAUAAACUCAACUGAAAUGGAACAAAAUGCAGGUUGUUCCUGUAAGAAUGGAAAAUGCGUUGUAAAUGAGAAAGGAAAAGAAGUCUGUGAAUGCCCACCAGAAUUUGGAUACUAUACAUCUACCAUUUGCAAAGCAUGUGAAUGCGGGAAAGGCUCAAACUGCACAUUUUCCGGACUCUGGACAACUACAAAAACCUGCAUUUGUAAAAAAGGAUAUAAAGCCGAGAAGGAUAUUUGCAAGGGUCCUUGUACUCCGGAUCCAUGCAAAAAUGGAGGCAAUUGCACGGACAUUCCAAAUUCUUACAAAUGCGUAUGUCCACCGAAAUACAUGGGCAAGAACUGCGAAAAAAUUAAUACAG